AACGGCAUCAUGUUCAUCAAGCGGGAGGCUGACGAAAGUCUGCAGCCGAAGGGCAACGAGGACUCGGCCCAGCUGCAGCAGAUGCUCACGUCCUGCAUGAUCAACCGGCAGAUCCUGUGCUGCAUUGCCGGCGUGUUGGUCGGUAUCCCCAUCAGCAUCCAGCGGAAAUCUUACAAACCCUUUGCCAUCCUCGGCGUCUUAGGAUCGUUCGUCGACUACUCGAUCCCGUACACAACCGACUGCCGCAUGAUCCACAACGCCAUGCAGUUGGCGCUGCAACAGGAAAGACAGAGAGACACGCCAGCUAAGCCGUCGGAUAGAGAGACCUAAAAACCACUUCAAGUGUCUAACAAGCUGCUUGAUUGUGAAAGAUCUC